AUGGACAGAAACCUGCUGUUGUUAGUCAAGAUGGAGCACACGGAGAGCGUUUGGAAACUCAAUUUCGUUUCGUCUCUGACGGAUGCCAUUCUUGAGGUGAUCAGUGCCAGGGGAACACCUUUUACAGUGCUGACAGACUCUGUGGCCAUCCGACAAAACGAAGACCUCCUCGCAGACCAGAUUGGACUGAAAAGUGACGAGUUAAGGAAAAUGGAACAGCUGGUACUGCUCGUGAAAGCUCUACGAGCUCUUAAACUGCCUCUUCUCUUCGCACGAGGAGAAAUCAGAGUUGGCCACCUAAAAUCCUCCAACGCCGUUAAGAAUGUUUUAAACGACUUGAACAGUCGAUAUCACCAGUGUUUGGACACAUGUAUGCGUGAAAUCCUUUCGAGAAUUAAAUCAGCUUUCUGCAACAUAAUUGCUUUGGUUUUGCUACUGUUCACUUUGCGAUUGGCUUAA